AUGAGUCGUGCUCAAGAACCACACAGGCCUUUUCUCUCUUUCGGGAACCCUUUCCGUAUGCUAUCCCCAAAGGGUUCUCAUCUCUCUCCCAAGCUCCUCUCUUUACUGAACACUUUCGAGGAAACUCUCGCGGGCCGGAUCAAGAAGCUUAUGCCCGCAAGCAAGGAGGAUGUCCUCCGUUUAUCAUGGAUGAGGUGUGCUGUCGAGUCCCUUUGCGAGAUACACACAGAUGUGAAAACCCUUAUCACGGCCCUCGAGCUUCCCAUUUGUGACUGGGAAGACAAAUGGGUCGACGUCUAUUUGGACAACAGCGUAAAACUGCUCGACAUAUGCAUUGCUUUCACCUCUGAGAUCUCUCGUCUCAAGCAAGGCCAUCUCUACCUCCAAUGCGUGUCCCAUAACCUGAGUAGUGAUGAUGUUGCCUCCCCACAGAAGUUCUUAAGAGCCCGCUCGUCUCUAGACGGGUGGAAAAAGCACGUCGGCUCGAAAAACGCGAGGCUCGACAAGUGCUUUGCCAUGAUGGAUGGACUCGCCCAGAAGUUGGACUUGCCGAAGAUCAAAAACUCGGCGAAGGGGAAAAUCUUGAUGCGGGCAAUGUACGGCGUUAAGGCAGUCACCCUUCUGAUUUGCAGCAUAUUUGCUGCUGCCUUCUCGGGCUCAUCAAAGAAGCUGAUGGACUUGAAGAUAACCGAGUCGUUUUUUUGGGCGGAGGCUUUUGCCGAGCUCCAGGCUUUCGUAAAUACCGAGAUUCGAAGCUUGUAUUCGAGCGGGAGGGUCACGGUGCUCAAGGAACUUGAAUCUGUCGAUCAUCGUGUGAAUAAAUUGUAUCCUAUCGUUGGGGAAAGUGCAGUGCCAGUCGAGAUUGAGAAAUUGUCUGAAUUGACGUCUAAUUUGAGGAAAUCGGCCGAGAAUCUUUCGGUUGGACUGGAUUCGCUUGGUAAGGAAGUAGAUGGGUUUUUCCAGAUUGUUCUAACAGGUCGUGAUGCGUUGCUUUCUAACCUUAGAGUAGGAGCUGGUGUUUCUGAUGGUGGAAAAGCUAACAACAGUAACAAAGUUGGAGAUUUGGUGUUUGGGUGA